AUGACAACAGAGCAGGAGUUGUCGACCUCCUUCAUUCCAGCGUUGUAUAAACCAGCUGCACUUUUACCUAUUGCAAGACACAAAGCAAGUCUUCUUUAUUUGGUUGAGAAAUACCCGGUCACUAUUGUGGUAGGCCAGACGGGCAGUGGAAAAACAACACAACUCCCCCAGUAUCUUGAUCAGGCAGGUUGGUGUGAAGAUGGAAAGCUCAUUGCUGUCACUCAGCCCCGUCGCGUGGCUGCCACCACAGUUGCCACAAGAGUUGCGGAGGAGAUGCGCUGUAAGGUCGGAGAGGCAGUAGGCUACUCAAUUCGGUUUGAGGACCUUACUUCUGCUGAAACCAGAGUCAAGUUUCUCACAGAUGGAAUGCUGCUCAGAGAAGCACUUGUUGAUCCACUGUUAUCAAGGUAUUCCGUGAUCAUGGUCGAUGAGGCCCAUGAGAGGUCUUUGAGUACGGAUGUCCUACUUGGAAUCCUCAAGAAAAUUAGAAAAAAGCGCCCCGAGCUUCGCAUUAUUAUAAGUAGUGCAACACUUCAGGCAGAGGAUUUUCUGAGAUUUUUUGCAGGCGAUGAGUAUCAUCCCGACGCAGAUCCCGCUGAGCUGGGUGGAAGCAUUGGAAGAAUCAUUAGCCUGGAGGGCAGGAUGUAUCCGGUUGAUACGUUGUUCCUUGAAUCAGCUGCAGAGGACUAUGUGGAGAGAGCCGUCAAGACCGUAUUCGAUAUCCACACUCAAGAAUCAGAAGGCGACAUUCUUGUCUUCCUCACUGGCCGUGAAGAGAUUGAUCGAGCAAUUCAAUUGAUAUCUGAGCGGGCGGCCGACCUUCAUCCAAAAUCUCCCUCUUUGGUCCCAUUGCCGCUGUAUGCCGGUCUAACCACCGAACAGCAAAUGUACGUGUUUGAGCCAACUAGUGAAAACUCACGUAAGGUGAUUGUUUCAACCAAUAUUGCAGAGGCAUCAGUGACAAUUGACGGGAUUGUUUAUGUUAUCGACUGUGGCUUUGCCAAACUUCGAGCAUACAAUCCCAGCACCGGCAUUGAAACAUUAACGGCAGUGCCCAUCUCAAAAGCAUCUGCCACCCAACGUGCUGGCCGAGCGGGAAGAACCAGGCCUGGCAAGUGCUUUCGCCUCUACACAGAACAAACUUAUGAACAACUCCCGGAAGCGACCAUUCCUGAAAUUCAGCGAUCAAAUCUUGCUCCCAUUGUUAUGCACCUCAAGGCCUUGGGAAUUGAUAACAUCGUCCGAUUUGAUUUCUUAACAUCGCCCCCAGCAGAGCUGGUGAUCCGAGCCUUUGAACUUUUAUUCUCCCUGGGUGCAGUGGAUGACUAUGCCAAACUUACUAAACCACUUGGUAUGCGUAUGGCAGAGCUUGCAGUUGAUCCUAUGAUGGCGAAGGUGCUACUUGCAGCACCCACAUUCAACUGUCUCAGUGAGAUGCUUUCCAUUGCAGCCAUGGUCAGUCUUCAAGGGACAGUCUGGGUCCAGAGCCAUGACAACAAGAAGGCCGCAGAAAGCCACCGGCGCAAGUUCGCCGUCGAGGAAGGUGAUCACCUUACCUACCUAAAUGUAUACCAGGCAUUUGUGACCAAGGGCAAGAAGGACUCCAAAUGGUGCCGUGAGCACCUUCUGAACUACCGUGCAAUGCAACGAGCAGUUAGCAUUCGGGGUCAAUUGAAGCGAUAUCUUGAGCGCUUUGGUAUCCAGAUUGAUGAGACUCUAUCUCGUCAACAAACUGUUGAUACGAGUAGACAACCAGAGCAGAUUCAACGAUGUCUUACUACCGGCUAUUUUGCCCAUGCUGCUAAGAUGCAGCCAGAUGGAACUUUCAAGACAGUCAGCGGGGGCCUCACCUUGCAUGCUCACCCUAGUUCUUUGAUGUUUAAUCGCAAAGCAGACUGGGUGAUUUUUCAUGAAAUCAUGCAAACAGGCGACAAGACAUACAUCCGCGACAUUACCAAGAUUGAAAAGAAUUAUCUCUUGGAAUAUGCACCUGAAUAUUAUAAGGUGACUUGA